CUUAUGGCAGUUCCAGGAAAGGUGGCAGCUUUCCGUCUGCCUCCGCUGCCAACCGUUGGAGAGAUUAUUAAACUUUUCCGCCUUAAAGCACAGAAACAACUUUCACAGAACUUUCUACUGGAUUUACGAUUGACAGACAAGAUAGUGAAACAGGCUGGCGAGCUGAAAAAUGCCCAUGUUUGCGAAGUAGGCCCUGGGCCAGGAGGAAUUACCAGAUCCAUUCUCAGUGCUGGCGUUGAACAGCUUCUUUUGAUUGAAAAAGAUCCUCGAUUUAUUCCAGGAUUGCAGAUGUUAUCUGAAGCAGCUCCAGGAAAAGUGCGUAUUGUUCAUGGAGAUGUCCUAACAUAUAAGAUGGAGAAGGCUUUUCCAAAGCACUUAAAAAAGAACUGGGAGGAUGAGCCACCAGACAUACAUAUCAUUGGGAAUCUGCCCUUCAGUGUUUCAACGCCUCUAAUCAUCAAAUGGCUUGAAAAUGUUUCCAAAAAAGAUGGACCUUUUAUUUAUGGCAGGACACAGAUGACGCUGACUUUUCAGAAGGAAGUUGCAGAGAGGCUUACAGCUAAUCCAGGAAGUAAGCAACGUAGCAGGCUGUCCAUCAUGUCUCAGCAUCUCUGCACUGUUGAAAAAUGUUUCAUAAUUCCAGGUCAAGCCUUUGUUCCAAAGCCAGAGGUGGAUGUGGCUGUGGUGCACUUCACUCCAUUGGUGCAACCAAAGAUACAGCAGCCGUUCGAGCUAGUAGAAAAAGUGGUUCGAAGUGUUUUUCAGUUUAGAAGAAAAUACUGCUUCCGUGGAAUCGAGACCUUGUUUCCUGAAAGUGGACGUUUGAAAAGAACCGAACAGCUGAUGAUGACAGCGAAUGUUGAUCCAACUCUGCGUCCGUUUCAGCUCUCCAUGUCACAGUUUAGAAAUCUUUGUGAUAUGUACAGAAAAAUGUGCGAUGAAGACCCAGGCCUUUUUGUGUACGAUUACAGAGAAGAACUAAAGCAAAAGAAGAUAAAGCAUUCACUUAAAACUGUGAGUCAGCCUGAACAGACUGAAGAGGAAGAUCAGCUAUAAUUGCAGCAAACUGA